UUCAUCUCAGUUGUAGUGUUUGGAAUCUUUAUUAAACACCAGGAUACUCCCAUAGUCAAAGCCAACAACAGGAACCUCACCUACAUUCUUCUCAUUGCACUCCUGCUCUCAUUCCUUUGCAGUUUGCUCUUCAUUGGGCAACCUGAUCAAGCAAAAUGUCUCAUGCGACAAACUGCUUUUGGCAUCAUCUUCUCUGUAGCCCUAUCUUGUAUUCUGGGGAAAACAACCAUAGUGGUUCUUGCUUUCAUGGCCACCAAGCCUGGUUCCAAAAUCAGGAAAUGGGUUGGGAAAAGGCUGGCUUAUACUAUUGUCUUGUCCUGCUCCCUGGUUCAAGUCACAAUUUGUAGUGUGUGGCUGGCAAUUUCUCCUCCAUUUCCAGAUUCUGACAUCCACUCAAUGACUGAAGAAAUUGUCCUGGAAUGUAAUGAAGGUUCCGCCAUCAUGUUUUAUAUCGCCCUUGGUUUUCUGGGGUUCUUGACUGCUAUCAGUUUCAUGGUGGCUUUCCUUGCUAGGAAACUACCUGACAGUUUUAAUGAAGCCAAAUUUAUCACUUUCAGCAUGUUGGUCUUUUGUAGUGUCUGGAUGUCAUUUGUUCCAACCUAUCUGAGCACCAAGGGGAAAUACAUGGUGGCUGUG